AUGGCUGACAAUUCGAAACAAGGUUUCCUCAAUAGUCUUUUUCAAUGGACAGUUAAGAACACUGCAGCUGAACCCACAACGACUAGUGAUCUUAAACCUAUGGAUGAACCAAGUAAAAGUUGGCUCAAUAAUGCUUUAGAAAAUUUAACAGUUAAUCCGGUCGAAAGACUUAAACUAUGCAUCAGUAAAAUCAAAGAUAAUCAAACAAGUGAACAACAAAAAAAGGAAUUUCUCGACGAACUUUGUCAUUGGGCAGAAGAACUUGAUUUAGCAAAAGAUUUCUUUACUAUUGGUGGUCUUGAUAUUCUAGCACCUCUGUUAGACAGUAACGAUGACGAUAUUUGCAUACAAACAUGUUCUUUAAUUGCUAAUCUUGUUCAAAAUCAUGAGCAUUGCCAAAGAAUUAUUGUUCAAUCGGGCCUGCAACAAAAACUAUUGAGCAUCGUCAGAGAUUCAAAUAACCCAGAUUUAAAAACAAAAGCUGUUACAGCUAUAUCAGCAUUGAUUCGUGGUUAUACACUUGGUCAACUUCAAUUACAAAAAUACCACGGUGCAAAAGUGUUAAUUCAAGCAAUACCAUCAUCUAUUCCUCGACUACAAAACAAAUUAUGUUUUCUCAUCAAUACCCUUUGUUCAUCAAGUGCACACAUGAAAAAAAUAUUUUAUGAAAACGAUGCAUUAACAGAAUUCGUACGCUUAUUUAACAGCGAAUCAUGUCCUGAUCAUCAACAUACACUUGAAACUAUUCUAACAUUAUCAAGUGCAAAACCAAAUGCAAUGUCUUCUCUUGUUGAAAGCGAUCCAUUAUUAGUUGAAGCAUUCCUAGAAAAAUUAACUGAGCGUCGUCAAAUUAUUCAAGAUUCAGAGGAUCAUCUAGAUGAGAUUAAUAUAAUUAAUCAAAUACGAACGUUACUGACCCCAACUUCUACUGAAGAUAAGCUCGUACCAGAAAUGAAAACAACACAACAUAUUGUUCCAAUAUCUUGA